UAAAACGCAGAAGCAACAAAUUGGUUCGGUUUUCACUUUCAGACUCUUUUUUCUCCUAACAACAAAACACGUCACUCGCAGUGUGCCUCUCACGCCGACUUCCUAUGGCAAGGGAUAGCUGCCUCACUCGUGUCACCGCCGGCGCCGCUAUGGGCGGCGCUGUCGGCGGCGCCGUCGGUGCUGUGUAUGGAACAUAUGAAGCUAUUAGGUACAAGGUGCCUGGACUAUUGAAAAUUAGGCAUAUUGGACAAACUACACUUGGAAGUGCUGCUAUUUUUGGUCUUUUCUUGGGUGCUGGAAGCUUGAUACAUUGUGGGAAAUCAUACUGAGGAUAAAGAUUUGUCCUCCCCCCUACUUACAGUGCUUUGGUUGCUACACUUGUAAAGUAUGAGUAGAGCAGGGAUUUACUGUUUUUUUGGUUUUCUGGAUCAUGGAAAAGGUUUUAUGGCACUACUCCUAUGAAAUUUUGCAUUUAUUUCUCCCAAGACAUUAUUACUGUUGAAAUUUCUUUGCUGGGGCUUUCCUUCUACUUUUUUGAUUCCUCAUUUUCUUCCGAGACAGUGAAUUGCUCUUGCAAUAAAAAGGAGUGCAGAUGUGUGUGUUUA